UUUCACCCGAAGUGUAAGACUCUAUCCACAGCAACCUGAGUAAGCCAGUCGUACUGGGAAAGGCAGAACUUACUCCAAAGUAUAUGUUCUUUCAACAUGGAUGCUCCCGAAAACUCAGAUGAAGCAUGGUCCGUGCUGUCCUGGAUAGCUUCGAGUUUUAUUAUAUUUGGUGGGGCUAUUCCAUAUAUUCCACAAUAUCAGGAAAUUAAAAGAACUUCUAAUGCGGAUGGAUUUUCUACCUGGGUGUGCUUCGUGUUAAUAGUAGCUAAUAUUUUUAGAAUAUUGUUUUGGUUUGGGAAAUAUUUUGAAUUUCCCCUUCUCCUACAGAGCAUACUGAUGAUCAUCACAAUGCUAACUAUGUUAAAUCUAUGUUGUUCUGUGCAGACAUUGAACAGGGUUGCUACCAGGCAGUACAAUUUCACAGAUUUAAGUCUCCAGUAUUUUUGGAAGUGGAGUCGAUUUGAGGAUUAUGUACAGUUCUGUUUUGUCUUGGCCACCUCAGGCUUCAUUAUCACUUAUGUUUACCUUGAUACCUCUUUUUAUGUGGAAGGAAUUGGAAUGGUGGCCCUUUUAACUGAAGCCAUGCUUGGGGUACCUCAGUUUCUGCAGAAUUACAAGAACUGCUCUACUCGAGGAAUGAGUGUGAAGAUGGUCUUGAUGUGGACAGCGGGAGACCUCCUGAAGACUUGUUAUUUUAUAAUUAAAGAUACCCCUCUUCAGUUCUGGCUGUGUGGAAUGUUACAAGUCUGCUUCGACAUAGCUAUCCUUUUUCAGGUUUAUUAUUAUAACCAGAAACCACAUCCCAAGUAUGGCUAACAUAAUAACCAAUGCAUUUCUUCUUUGUGAUAUCACUGUUACACUUUAAACCAGAAACUUGAAAACAUCAUAAAGGUCAAAAACUAUGUUUUAUAUCAAAUUACAUUUUCAUAAAGUAUAACUUAUUAAUUAUCCAAACCAUUUUAAAUGUACUUUUAGAGAGCUUAGUUCUUUUAAAUGAUACUAAAGACAAAAAGGCACCUUAUGGUGUAUCUUAGUUCUUUUGUCUGAAAUGGUUGCAUAGGGUCAUGUUUGCUGUCAAUAACAGGCUGCAAAGGAAAUCUCACUUAUAUGCAGAAACAAUGUAUGCCAGUUCAUCCUUUAAAGAGUUUAUACUCUCUGCAUCAAGAGCAAUAACUGAGAUGAUGUAGCCUUUAGCCUACGAAAACUCUUAUAUUUAUUCAGGAUUUAAAUAUUAGAUUAUUCAGUUCCACAUUACUUGGGGCUUAUGAAAAAUUGUAAAGUGCACAAAAGGACUUUUGGGUGUAAUGCAUUUUCUUCUGUAUUUUUUCUUAAUAAUCUUAAAACAGAACAUCAAAACAUUGAAAAAAUAGCUUGUUAAUAGGCCAGCAAUUUAUUUUUGCAUAGAUUAAAAUUGCAGGAAGUCUGAAUAUUUGAUAUAUAAAUUAAAACUUGGCCAGAAAUUUCUGCCUCACUAUUAUAUUCAGUGUGUAAUAAACAAGGCCUAGAUUACAAGUGGAGUGCAAUGAUUACCAUGAAAAGCACAAACACGAUUGCUUCAUAGUGAUAUUUUUACUACUAGAACCAUUAUUAUAAGUCACAUCUGAAAAAAAUAGCACAAACUUGCAGUAACUAUACUUUCAAUGACAAACUGAAAGAGGAAACUCACGCUCGUAUUACAAAUUCAUGGCUAUUCCUUGUACUCAUGUGAUAAUCACUGGAGAUGUUAACCAAAGUGAAAAGUUCUGGUAAUGUGAUUGUGAAUGCUCAUAAAGGAAUUCAAAAUCUACAAAA